AAGGUUACAGCCUUGUAGAACGACUCAUACGCCGCCCGAUUGGAUCGGGAUAGUACAUGAGAACAAGAAUUGUGUUUAUUUAGAAGGAUCAACCACUGCUCAUGACGGCUUGUCAAGCACUCUUUUCGCGCGGUGUUUUGCGUGCUCCCCAUUCUCUCAAGUCUCUUCGGUCCUCAGCAGCCCCCAAUCCCCCUCUUCUCGGCCCUGGAAGGACGACCUUUGUUUACUCGGGCCGCCCCCACUUGUUGUACCUCAGGAAUUGCCCCUCCUCCACCAAAAUCGCUUCCUCUCAUUACCACACCACCACCACCGGCAUCGCCAGCAGCCUUUCAACAACACCAGGUCCAGGUCGCGCAGCAGCACGCCGCACAUACAGCACCACAAUGACCGCCGUCGCCGCUCCCAUUGACCAGUUGGUCAAGCAGGUCGAUGGCCUCAACCUCGACGCCGUCAAGGCCAAGUUCCCCGACACCUACCCGGACUUGAACCUCAUGGACCUCUACCGCGCCCACCUCGCCAACGUCCUGUCCGAGGUUACCGGCGUCGACACUGCCAUCAUCUACCCCAACCUCGGAUGGACUUCGGGUCUCGACAAGGGCGACAUUGCCCUGCCCGUCCCCUCGCUCAGGGUGAAGGGCAAGAAGCCAGACGAGCUCGCCCAGGAGUGGGCUGCCAAGUUCCCCGACACCGAUCCUCUCUUCACCAAGCCCACCGUUAGCCAGAUCCACCUCAGCUUCUUCGUCAAGGCUUCGCCCCUCGUCAACGCCGUUAUUCCCAUGGUCCAGCACAAGGGCGCCGAGUACGGUUUCAACAAGGCCGACGGUCUCAAGGACCCCAAGGACCCCAGCAAGGGCCAGAAGCGCAUCAUUGUCGAGUUCUCCUCCCCCAACAUUGCCAAGCCUUUCCACGCCGGCCAUCUCCGUUCCACCAUCAUCGGUGGUUUCCUCUCCAACCUCUACGCCGGCGCUGGCUGGGAUGUCAUCCGCAUCAACUACCUUGGCGACUGGGGCAAGCAGUACGGUCUCUUGGCCCUUGCUUACGAGAAGUAUGGCGACGAGGAGGCCCUCCAGAAGGACCCCAUCAACCACCUCUUCCAGCUCUACGUCCGCAUCAACACCGAGAUGACCGCCGAGAAGGAGGAGCUCACCAAGCGCAAGGAGGCCGGCGAGGAUGUCUCUGCUCUCGAGGCCAACAGCUUGGAUGAGCAGGCUCGUCGCUACUUCAAGAAGAUGACGGACCGCGACGCCGAUGCCCUCGCCAUGUGGAAGCGCUUCCGUGACCUCUCCAUUGUUCGCUACAAGGACACGUAUGCCCGCCUCAACAUCCACUUCGACGAGUACUCGGGUGAAUCUCAGGUCUCCGAGGAGGCCAUGAACAAGGUCGGCAACCUCAUGGAGGAGAAGAAGAUCUGCAAGGAGGACAAGGGUGCCCAGCUCAUCGACUUCUCCGAGCUCGUUCCCGGCAAGGAGGGCAAGCGUCUCGAGAAGCCUCUUGUCAGGAAGAGGGACGGCACUGCCCUCUACCUUACCCGUGAUAUCUCUGAGCUCCUCGGCCGCCACGAAAAGUACAACUUCGACAAGAUGAUCUAUGUCGUUGCUUCUGCUCAGGACCUCCACUUGAGGCAGCUGUUCAAGAUCAUCGAGCUCCUCGGCUACAAGGACAUUGCCGACAAGUGCCAGCACAUCAACUUCGGUCUCGUCCUUGGCAUGUCCACCCGCAAGGGUACCGUCAAGUUCCUUGACGACAUUCUCCGUGACGUCGCCGACAAGAUGCACGAGGUCAUGAAGAAGAACGAGAACAAGUACUCCCAGAUCGAGGACCCCUUGGCCACCGCCGAUGUUCUCGGUAUCUCGUCCGUCAUGGUCCAGGACAUGUCUGGAAAGAGAAUCAACAACUACACCUUCAACAUGGAGACUAUGACCUCGUUCGAGGGUGACACCGGCCCGUACCUGCAGUACGCCCACGCUCGCCUCAAUUCCAUCAGGCGCAAGGCUGGCGUGUCCGACGAGGAGCUCGCCACUGCUGACCUGUCUCUCCUUACCGAGACCAGCGCCAUCAACCUGUGCCGCCACAUGGCCGGCUGGCCUGAUGUGGUCAAGAACACGCUCAAGACUCUCGAGCCCACCACUGUCCUUACUUACCUGUUCAAGUUGACGCACGCGCUCAGCAGCAGCUACGACCAGCUCCAGGUCGUCGGUAGCGAGCCUGAGUUGAUGAAGGCCCGUCUGGCCCUGUACACUGCUGUGCAGACUGUCCUGGCUAACGGCAUGCGCCUCAUUGGAUUGAGCCCUGUCGACCGUAUGUAAAAUGUAUGCGAUCAUCACUCAUCUUCACAGCGAGUAGCCGAACGUUGAUAUUUCCAACUUAUAUACCCAAUCUGAGAAGCAACGGUUUUGUUCAAAAUCAACGAAGAAAAGAAGGACGACGAGUUGCCCGACCGACGAAAUUAUGUUCCCCAACCAUCAUCGCAAUGCACGCACAAAAUCAGUGUCUUGACAACUGUAUGCACACAGUGUUCGGUGGAGCGGAAAAUGCAGCCUAACUGACAUCAGCUCACCUUGCAUCGCCUCCGCGCUUGUAACGCAAAAGCAGAUGCAGAAGCAAGCGGAAGCAGCCUUGCGGUUGGACCCUCGCAGCGUGACCAACAUCAUGCUUGAUGACGAUUUGAAUGUCAAAGCAAAAGCAAGAAAGAAGAAAGGAAAAAAAAGGCGUUAGGGGGAGGGGGACCAAAAUCUUGGGAGAACGGUCUGGAUGAAAUGAAAAAAAAAAGUUCAAGCAAGCUAGUCGAUGUUUCCUGGUGUUGUGAAAUGCUGAAUCAUGUUGAUAAUGCUGACAUGGACGAGCAGGUCCGCCAAACGCCGACGGCAGACAACGGGACCGAGUAGAGUGAGCACCAUCAGAUACUGAAUCCAUUGGACCGAAACAAAUUCUCAGUUCCUAUUGGGAGUUGGCUCCCGUCUGAUCAACCCUAAUCAUGUCAACCACGGUUCCAUGCUCAACGGAUACAAUCAAGCCAGUGUCAGCCACCGCUCAGGGACCGAAGGCCGGCAGGAUUACGGAGGAAGAUCGCGGACUACGGGGGCCGCAUGCAUGCUUCGGCAAUGGCAGCCCUCUACGGGACGGCACGCACUCACCCCCGAGGGCCGCGGAUGCCAGUCCAUGCCGUCCAACUGCUGCUCCAAAUGCGAGAACCAACAUUGACAGCCGCUGGCAGUAUCCAUCUUUCACUUCGCUUCCCGUGGUGACCGAUUCGGUGUCGAAGUCAUCAAGUCCAUCCUUGAUACUAGGGCCC